AUGACAUUCCUAUGUUCGAUUAUCCUUUAUCCAGGGGGUAAUAUUCGAUAUAUUGACGCACUGUUCAUAGGAGCGGCAGGCUGUACCCAAGCUGGUCUUAAUACUGUUCAGUUGAACGAGUUAUACACUUAUCAACAAAUAUUUCUGAUGAUUUUUCCAUUCUUGACUACUCCUAUCUUCAUCCACUCCUCGGUGGUGUUUUUACGAUUACAUUGGUUUGAAAAGCAUUUUAAAGAUGUCAAAAUCAACUCCAAGAUUCAGUCCAAACUACGUAGAACCGCUACUAUGGCGCGAGCUGAGUCGAGGGAUCAUGAGAUCGGUCUAGAGCCACUGAAAUGGAAUGGUGAAUAUUCUAAACGCGACUCGAACCCCCCCGUUCCCACAAGUAACAAUACUGAAGAAGUAAGCGGGUUGCAUGUUCCACCAGCUUCAGAUAUUCGAUUUGGAGACUUACCACAGCCCAGACGACAAAAGUCUAUUGCCCCUCAGGACAUGUACAAGUCUAUCAACAUGAUGCAAAGAAAUAGGAGACUAUCAAACGACCUUAACGACGGUCCUGCUCUUGUUAUUAAGAGCCCAAGAGUUAUGGAUGAAGAAAACGAGCUUAAAGAAAAAAUGCGCUUAGCUGCCACUGUAACUGGGCAGAACGUUGAUUCUUCUCCCAGCAGCAGCGGUAAUGCUAGUACCGAACAUGAGAGUGUCGAUUUAGGAGAAAGGAUACGACCUUCAAUCUCGUAUGCAGUAUCUCCAGAGAGAUCGAACUAUGACAUAGAUGGUAUAAAGCUGGACCGCCGGUCAAGAACGCUUUCGACUUCUAAUGUUCCAAAUGAAAAUCAAAGAUCCCAGCAUGAAAGAACUGGCUCAAAAGCAUCAGUAACUAGGGGUACGAGAAGGUUUAGUAGAUCAAGGACAUUGGAUAGGAUAUUUAAUCGAACUCUCAGUAAUGAUGGACCUACCACUAAAGUUAUGAGUACAAACUAUCUUUCCUGGCAACCUACAGUAGGGAGAAAUUCCGCCUUUGUUGACUUGACCGAGGAACAAAAAGAAGAGCUCGGAGGGGUCGAGUAUCGAUCUCUCAAACUUCUAGCAAAAGUCCUUGUAGCUUAUUACAUGGGUUUCUAUCUUUUUGGUCUUGUGACUUUUUGGCCCUAUGCAUCUCUACGGAACCUUUUAAAAGACCAUUUCACGUCUGAAGGUUUUACCUCUACAUUAUGGGCAUGGUUUACGUCCGUAUCGGCGUUUUCUGAUACAGGCUUCACACUUACUCCAGAAUCAAUGGCCUUCUUCCAAAGAGAAGCAUAUAUUCCUCUGUUAAGUGCUUUCCUGAUUGUUAUUGGUAAUACAGGGUUUCCUGUUCUACUGAGAUUUAUUAUCUGGAUUGCCUUCAAAUUCACUCCUAGAUUUGGUCGCGCUCAUGAAUCUUUGGGAUUCUUAUUGGAUCAUCCACGUCGUUGUUUUACACUCCUGUUUCCUUCAAGUGCUACCUGGUGGUUACUAGCUGUUCUUGUUAUCCUAAAUUCGGUUGAUUUGGUUUUAUUCUUGGUUCUCGAUUUGACCAGCAAGGCUAUUACUGAAAUUCCAGUUGGUUAUAGGAUAGUGUGUGGACUCUUCCAAGCCAUUGCUACUAGAACUGCCGGGUUUACAAUUGUUAGCAUGUCAGACGUGCAUCCCGCUGUCCGUGUGAGUUAUGUCAUCAUGAUGUAUAUCUCAGUUUUGCCUAUCGCUAUCAGUGUGAGAAGAACCAAUGUCUACGAAGAGCAAUCUCUGGGAGUGUACUAUCCGGAAAAUGAUGGUGAAGAUCCUGAAGCAAAGCAUCAUUCAUAUGUUGGUGCGCAUUUGAAGAAGCAAUUAUAUUUUGAUUUGUGGUUCAUUUGCCUUGGUUUGUUCAUCAUUUGUAUCGCAGAGGGAGCAAAACUUGAUAACAACGAAUUCCAAAUUUUCGAUGUGCUGUUUGAAAUCGUCAGUGCUUAUGGCACGGUUGGUCUCUCCAUGGGUGCAGCAAAUACAAAUUUGGCUCUUAGUGGAGCAUUCAAUGUCAUUGGGAAGCUCGUUAUCAUUGCCCUAAUGAUUCGGGGUCGUCAUAGAGGUUUGCCAUAUGCUCUAGAUAGAGCAAUUAUUCUGCAAGGAGACAAGAUACAGCGAACGGAUAGCAUUCAAGAAACUCGUACGAGAAAUAAGAGGUUGAUGAGUAUGAGUAUUCCCAUCAAUGACGAUGUUGGUCUCACGACGGCUCGCUCCAAUGAUACUGGUUAUAUGCGUGAGAGACCGGGUCUUCGAACAGAAACAAGCACAUUGGAUCGUUUCCCUAGUCAAGCUGUAUCAGACGGGGAAGACGACUAG